AUGAGUGAGAACAUCGAUCUACAAAUUAUAUCAUCAAAGAUCAUCAAAUCUAAUUCGUUUACAUCAUUGAAACUAUCUCCCAAUGAUUGGAUUAUACCUUCAAGUAGCACAAUUAGUUGCAUCUAUUUUUAUGACAUUCAGCAAUGGUCACUCUUCAAACAAGAAGUUAAUGAAAUCUUUAUGAAUGUAGAAAGGUUGACAUCAAGUUUACAGCUUUUGUUAAAGUUUUAUCCUUUAUUAAAUGGUACGUUCAAUGUAUUCGAUACUGAUAAUCGAGUAUCUCUUGAAUACGAAGAAAACAAAGGUGGAAUUUUGUUCGUUUCGACAUUGGUCAAUAUUCCUUUAAGUGAUUUACCAGUCACAGUCGACAAGUAUACUGAUACGAAGAAAAUACCUGAAUCACUUCAACUGAUCAAUUCCUUCCAUCCAGAUCAUUUACUUCAUAUUCGUCAUACACGAUUUUCAUGUGGAAGUGUAGCACUCGGCGUAUCACUGAAUCAUCAAAUUGCUGAUGCACAUUCGUAUUUCCAACUUAUUGAUCACUGGCGACAACUGUACAGAGAUGAAAACUAUCAACCAGACGUCUGUCAUCAACGAUCAUUUCUCGAACCAACUGACGAAGAAAUUCAACAAUUACAAACUUCGAAUCCUGGUUUUGAUAAUCGAAGAAGUCUUGCAUACAAUGAAGAAAUUCCCGAUACUUCGUUACUAACAAAACAAACAGUUGUCAAAGUAUUUCGAUUUUCACAUGAUGAACUGCAGCGAAUGAAAUCUAAUGCGACUGCUCAUCUUUCAUCUGAUAUUCGUUAUCUAUCAACAUUUGAAGUUCUUACCGCCCAUCUUUUUCAGCAUGUCAUGCUCGCGCGUUAUCAUUCAGCAUCCUCGACAUCGUUACAAAGCAAACUCUACAUUUCAACUAAUACUCGUCCACGUUUGGUUCAGCCAUCCAUUCCUACAAGUUAUUUCGGAAAUGCAAUUAUGCUCUCCUAUUCCGAAAUGAUGCUGAAUGAUGUACUGAAUGUUGAUAGUCUCAGUUCAAUCGCAAGUCGAGCUCAUAAAUCAAUUGAAGAGAAUACAAGUUAUGAUAUUCGAACGACUUUGGCUUGGAUUGUCUGUCAGAAGGAUAAAGCAAAGAUACGACCGACUUGGCAUUCCGAAACAACAGACUUUACGAUUUCUGCAUGGAAUAAAAUGGGAAUGUAUACAGGCUCUGAAUUCGAAAGUGAUGUUUGUGCAUGUCGAAUUAUCUUACCACCGGAUGUGAAGUUUAAUGGUGCAGCGAUAUUACUUUCAACGGAAGAAGAUGAUGGAAAUACUUUGACAGCGAAUCGAGCUUGUGAGAAAAAAUCAACUCUAUCUGUACUCCAGAAGUCUCUCGUGCUCAAGCACAAACUUCUGCAAUAA